GUAAUUCAAUAUUUGAAAUAAGUUAAAUGGGAUCCUGUUGAAGAAGUUGAAGAACUUUGAUGUAAACAAACAAGGUUCAGUGCUCAGGAGUUAUCCUGAGCCUCCUGUGGCUCUCUCUAUGACUCACAAUGCCAUAAGUACUGCACAACUGCAUUUUCCCCAGUAGCUUUUCCCAGCAACAAGAUGUUUAAGUCUUAUGAUCACCUUAAUUUUGGUGAAAUUGAAUUGCCUGUGACUUUACCAAAGACAACUUGGUGAAGAAGAAGAUUGACAACUGAAUACGCAUCCUGAUUGAAAAUGGAAUGGUGGUGGGCCACAGAACCCUUGUGGUGCUUGUUGGGGAUAAGAGCAGAGAUCAGGUUGUGUAUUUGCAUCACAUGUUGUCCAAGUCCGGUCUGAAGCAAGCCAAUGUGCUAUGGUGCUACAAGAAGGAGUUGACCUUCUCCUCCCAUCGAAGAAAGAGAAUGAAGCAGCUCAAGGCUAAAAUCAGAUCUGAACAAGCUGAGAUAAAUGAGGAUGAUCCCUUUGAGAUGUUUGUGUCCAUGACUGACAUCAGGUAUUGUUUCUAUAAUCACAAAAUUCUGGGCAACACCUACAAAAUGUGUGUAUUGCAGGUGAGUGACAUGAGGUGCCUCCAGGCCAGCACUGGAGUAUUUAAUUGUCGCAAGUGGACAGCACCUUUAUGGGACAAAACUUUAUGUAUAGAUUUUUAGUAGAUAAAUUGUAAACAAAUAAAUCCACACCAGAUUGAGACAAAUCUUGGAAGUUGAAUUAAGCUAAAGAACAUGUACUUACAUUUGUAUAAGACUUAAGAUCAAAACAAAUGUUACAUGAUUAAUAACACUGUAAUUGCUACAGGACUUUCAGGCUCUGAUACCCAAUAUAUUGUGCCGCACCAUGGAGACUGUGGAGGGCGGAGGACUGAUAGUGCUGCUGCUGCAGAGCCUCACCUCCCUGCGCCAGCUGUACACCCUCAGUAUGGACGUGCAUGCCCGCUAUCGCACUGAGGCACAUCAGCAUGUCGUGCCCAGGUUCAAUGAGAGGUUCAUCCUGUCAUUGGCCUCAUGUCCUGUCUGUGUGGUGAUGGAUGACCACCUGCGAGUCUUGCCCAUCUCUUCUCACCUGCGGGACCUCCAGGUGGUGGCCCCACCCUCCACCACCACCCCUCUGUCCCUGCAGGACCAGGAACUUAAGGACCUGAAAGAAUCACUGAAGGACAAUCCCCCCAUUGGACUUUUGAUUGACUUGUGUAAAACAUUAGAUCAGGUGAGUUGUUAUGUUCAAGGUGCAAACAGAUUGAUCACAAUGGUAUGGUUUUAACACACGCUACACCCUUUCUAUUGAUCCCUUCAAUGCAGUGGUAAAUGUGAUGCAUCACCAUUGGUCUUCAGAGCUGUGUAUUGAUUCAAGAUGCAUUAUUGUUUAUCAGGAAGUUUUUGAGUAAAAAUUUGUCUUGCUCUGCAGCACAGGUCAUUGAGGCUUAUGUUCACAUACUUCUUCCACUCAGAUCUGUAGAUCAACCCUGCACUGGACAGCCAGUCAUGAAGCAAAAAAAAAAAUCAUUCUACAUUUGUAGUAGCUCUUACCUUGUGUGGUGACUAAUCUGCUGUAGAGUACCACUGCCACUCACUCAUUUUUCUGACUCAGAAUAGAGGUCUUCCACUCCCAGGCUGGUAACUGCUAUUUCAUAAUGUACAGAUUAUUCUGUAAUUGCCAUCUAUCUGGCAUACUCCUUGUGAUAUGACAGUAAAUGGUAGUUGUAUUUCUCACUAAACUUUUCAAACUAAGGCCUGAUUUGCUCUUUCUGGUGAAAUGUGACAUUUAACAGCAUACAUUAAAAUCUUAAACUGAACUCUAUGGGGCAAGGUGGCUGACGGUUUAUUCAAAAGUUUGGUUUAUCAACAAUACACAUUUUUGGCCGGUUUCUUUGUACAUAAACAUGUACGUUUAUUGUUAUUUCGAGCUUAUUUGUUAGCUCCUUAUGAACCCAAGAUAGAUAUUUACAGCAUAUUUUGUUAUUACACACUAGAUAUUUACAACAUAUUUUGUUAUUACACACUGUAUACAGUGCACUAACUGGUCACUUAACAUUAUGCAACUACACACUUAGUUCUCACUUAAGAGCUCAUUUAGCUGUACACAUCACAAUGGUCACAUAAAAGCUAACAAUAUUAUGCACUGUACUACUGGUGUACCUUUGCUUGUUGCUCAAAGUUUGAGUCAGAGAUGUUGGCUGUUGGCUCUGAUGUGAUUUAGGAUGGAGUGGAGCUGGGCAUUUGGCUUAUUUGGGUUUGGUUUAGGGAGAUUUAGGGAGUACAUGGAUGCAUCUUCUGGUCUCUUUGUUAGACAGGAACCAUCUUUUAAGCCCUGUUCACACAUUGGCGAAUUUGGACGGUGAAUGUGUUGCAACUCCAUUGCAACUCUUUCAAAGCGGAAUCACUAGACCAGGCUAAGUUGCAGCACAUUGGCAUGCUGACGGUGAAUGUUUUGGACUGCUCAGAACAUUUGCAGCUGAGUCAUCACGGCUAGGAAUCGCAGCACAUUCGCAGUGGUGUCGCAACACUGUUGCAACGGAUUUGCAGUGGUGUCACAGCAAGUUCGCAGCAUUGUCGCAGUGGAUUUGUCAUAUUAGUAAUCACUUCUAUAAGCCCUUCACACCUUUGUGCUAGGGUCAGGUGAUAUUGGAUUGAUACUUCCGUGAAAAGAUGAUUUUCCUAGACAGACUAGCUGUGACCAGAUUCUCUCUCUCUCUCUCUCUCUCUCUCUCUCUCUCUCUCUCUCUCUCUCUCUCUCUCUCUCUCUCUCUCUCUCU